UCCUGCAUUACUACAAGUCAACAAAUGUUCUGUCCCGUUGGAAGGAAACUUCGAGAGGAAUUACUUUCAGACAGUCAUGGAAACUGUUGAUCAUGAAUGUUCUGGAGAGAACACAGAUGAGCUGAUCUCUGCAGAAGCGGAUGGGGGUGUUGAUGGACUCCAUGGUUAUGGACUCAUGUCUCUGUCCCAUGACUAUCGUCUGCUAGAUCCUAUUGAUGCACAACUGAGUUAUCUAAAUACCCAGGGCCGUAGACAAAUGCGUGGAGUGAACUCCAACAGAAAUGAAUUUCCUUCAUCAGGUCAUCUUAAAGAGAAUCUGGCUUUAAGUAAAGACACAGGUUUGGGAAGCACUGUUCCAACAAAUGAUAAAACAUCAUCCACCACUUCAGAAGACAAAGGUGACCAAACAGAACAUCAGACAGUGGAUGUUCUGAAGGAGUCAGACGUGUGGCAUUCUGGAGUAAAUGGCAGCUUGUGCUCAGUGUCCAGGUCUGAACAGUGCCGAUGGAGGCUGGAGAAGUUUCUUGGGAAGAGUUCAGAAGAAGUAGGAAUAGGAAAUGAAGAGGACGAGCUCACGAUGGACAGCAUCUGUACUGAGGACUUCUCAGCACGCUUCAGAGAUGAGAUGCUGGACCUGUCUGACAAAGCUCCUGAUUUUCCCAUUACCAGCAGUGACACUGCGGACCUCACUGAGAAACAGAGAAGCCUCUAUCCACAAAGAUCAAAAAACAUCCCGAAGCAUCCAUCCAAAACACCUCUUAGGCACCUCACAGGGAUUGACAUGCAGAGUUUUGAUUCGGUCACUAUAGACACUGAUCUGGACACAGUGUGCUCAGAGAAGGUUCGACAGCACCUUAAGUCCGCAUUCACUAACAAAAAUAGUCCAGUAGGAUUUUGUUUAAGCAGAGGAAAUGUGUUCUAUACAGGACCAGGCAUCCAAAACAAUAUUCAAUCCUCCAGCUCUGAUGAUGUUGAACAGACGGGUCGUGAAGGCUCAAAGCGGUACUCCAGAGUCAGGAGACAUCCAUCUGGCAGAAAGGGAAAGAGACAGAGUUCUCAAAAGAGCGCAAGAUGUGCCUCCAUCACUAGCACAGAGAGACCUCAGGACACGAUCCGAAUGGAUAAAGAUCAGCUAACAGAGUUGAGGCUGUCACUUGCCAGCCUUCAGCAGCAAAAAAUUUCUGCAGUUCAAUUUCUGGAGCAGCUGAGAGAGAAAAUGGACGAGACUAAGAAAGAGCAAAACUCUCUACAGAUCAUUAUGAAGGACAGCAGAGCACAAGUCCAGAACAUAAGGUGUGAGCUUCACAAACUGCAGGCCGAGAGGGAUGUAUGUCUGGAGCAGUGUAUAAGCCGUAGUGUAUCCAUUCUGGAAAGAGAGGAGAUGGACAGACUGCUGAAUAAUGCAAAAUCUGAGCUGUUUUCAGAACAGAGGCGUUUCAGGGACACACUGGAAUCUAUACAAGAGAGGCUGGAUGAGGUGAAUCAGGAGCUGGAGCAGAAAGAUGAGGACUUUAAGGCCCUUCAACAGAAAUGUAGUGACCUGGAAAAGCAGCUGGCUGAUACCGUCAAAGAAAGAGAACACAUUAAAGAGGAAGCUCUAAAGCAGGUGAAUCGGUUUGCAGCAUUGGAGCGAACUGUCGUCCAGAAAGAACUGUUGCUGCGAGGGCUUGAGGAAGAAAAGAAAGCCCUUCACCUGGAGCUCUGUUCUCUUAGAAAGGAAAACAAGUUAAAGUUGACAGAAAUAGAGAACAGAACAAAAAAGGAGAAGGAACAAGAGAUCAGUAAGUUGACAUUACUGUUAACAAAAAGACACCAAGAGGAACUGGAGACGGUGCGUCUACAAGCAGAUGAGUUGAGAUCAGCUGCUCUCACUGAACAAGCUCGAGCCCACAAACAGAGUGUAGACUCCUUACACAACUGCAUUCAGAUGAAAGAUGAGGAGGUUAAGAGACUUAAAGCAGCACUAGAGCAGUAUGAGGACAAGAUGAGAAGGCAAACAGAGGAGCUGAGAAGAGAAACACAGGAAAAGAUUGCAAAGGCUCUCAAGCAAGAGGAAAGAAAUUGGGAGGAGCAAAAAGAGAAGGCUCUCAGAGAGCAGCGUAGGAUUCUGGAGGAGCGGAUUGAAGAAGCAGUAAAAAGAGAGAGAGAGGAGGUGGAGAAGGAGAGAAAGAACACACUAACUCUGCAAAGGAAAGUCACUGAGCUCCAGAAAGCUGAGAAGGAUGCGGCUCAUCUGAAGGAGACUUUACAGCGCUCUGAACAGGAGCUUCAGCACUUGAGGGAAACCCUCUCUGAGAAAGACCAAAAAUACCAGAGAAGAUCAGCCAGACAAGAGCGACAGAACAGGAACUGGGCACAGGACAUACACAUCGAGUGUGCCUGCCUACAGGAGCUGCUUAAACUCAAUGGCCUCACUUUUGAGAGCAAACAAGUUCCUGAAAGUCCCACAAUGCCUGAAGCUCUCCAGACUCUGCAGUUUGUCACAAAGGCCACACAACAGCUUAUGAAUGAUCUAAAGAAUGAGAUCAGCUCACAGAGACGCACUGCACUGCAGCUUAGCCAUGAAGGGGAGCAAGAACUACGCCUGGUGAAAGAACAGCUGACUGAGGAAAAGGAACAAGCACUGGCUUCUCUAAAAGAAAAACUCAUUCAGGAGCACAUGAAGGAAAAAAACAGCCUACGUAAGGGCAGGCAGCACACGGAUGAUGACGACACAGACGGACUGUUUGCACGUCUGCGCAGGCAACUGCAGGCGAAAGAUGAUGAACUCAGGAUGGUACAGAAAAAAAUGGCCGAGUGGAAGGGCAAAACCACUGCAAGACUUGCACACAAAUUUCAGUUGGAGAUUACAGCUGAGCUGGAGAGAAGGGUUCCAAACCCGCAAGCAGAGCAGCAGAAAAGAUUGGAGAGACUAGAAAAUGAGAUGAGACAUCUGUCUAUGCAGUGCAGAGACUAUGAAGAAUCCCAAUUUUCCUCCAAUGAUCUUCAAAGUGGCCCAGACUUCCAACAUUCCUCAAGUACUCAGAACUUCACCUCAUAUAAACUUCUCCAGCACCUCCAGAGUCGCAUUCGUCAUCUGCAGGCAGAGACACAGACCUCCCGACCCGUGAAGGGGGACAGGGAUCCCAGGAACCGCGGAGGGUCUUAUCUGGAUACGAUUGCUCGAGACCAAGAAAGUUAUAAGACAGGUUGCUCCUCAUCAAGGACCAUCUCCAGUUAACGUAUAUUUCCUUUUUGGCUGUAUGCUUCGAUAAAGAAUCUUUAACGUCCAUAGAACUUUUCUUUUUUCACAAAGGUCCUUUAGAUUAUAUAAAGAAAGAUAUGGUCCUUAAAUUAAAUGGUUAAUCUUAAAUAAAUGUAUUUAUGUAGGUAACAGUUUACAACUUGUCCUUUAAGUU